UUUGUCACAGUGACAUUCGUGACCGAAAAUCGAUGUAAUCUAUUUUUAUUCCUGUAAAAACUCUUAUUUAAUUUUAAUGUAGAAAAAUAGGUUUUUAAGAUACUCUUCAUCGUCUAGAAUAGCAAGUAAACAUGUCUGAGAAGGAAACAGAGUCUAUAGAUGACGAAAAGAAGGUAGAAACAGUAAUAGUUAAGAAUGAGUUAGACUGCACUGAAGAAAAAGGCCAGCAACCAUUGAAAGAAGUUACAGAACAGAAGGGAAUGGAAGGAGAAUCAUCUGAAACAGUUCAGGUGAAGAUGGAAAUAGUGUGUGUAAAGGAGGAGCCACACUGGUACGGAGCGAGUGAGACUGAACAAUCAGGCUUAUACAGCAACCACACAACUGAAGAUAGUGCAGUGCCCAGAACAGGGGCUACGCAGCGCCCUGGAGUAGCGUUUGGGAAUGCUGCAAUCAAUGAAAACACUUGCAAACAAGAGCCGGUUGAAGAAUUCAUUGUGCCGGACCAAUUAGGGUGCUCCAAUUGGGGCCCCACAGACAACAGCAUGUUACUACAGAUAACCAGACUCUCCACGAUGCACGAGGGAACUCUGUUCAGAAGGAGGUUCAAGGAAAGAAAGAAAAAAGGGAAAGUUAACAAUGACCUUGAAGAAACAGGGAAAUAUCAAUGUGAUCUAUGCGACAAGAAAUUCACAGUCAAAAAAUAUUUGAUUGGUCAUCUUAACUAUCACAAGUAUAAAAAACCGUUUCAUUGCGGUAUAUGUAACAAAACGUUUUCGUGUGAAACUUACGCGUCUGCGCACGAGAGGAUUCACACUGGUGAGAAACCAUACAGUUGCAAGCUCUGCAAUAAAGCCUUCAGGAUCUCCAGCCAUCUGAUCAAGCAUGAAAGAACUCAUACUGAAAACAAGCCGUUCUCGUGUGAAGUUUGUAAAAAGCAAUUUAGAGAGAAAACGCAACUGAAGCUGCAUGAGCUUUUACACAAAGGGGAAGAGGCGAAACAGUAUCCUUGCAAGUUUUGUCCAAAGAAAUUUUUACAUAUGUAUAAGCUGACGAUUCAUGAACGGAACCAUACUGGGGUUAGGCCGUUCGCGUGUAAGACAUGCGGGCAGAGCUUUGUCCAAAAAUUCCAACUAGACAGUCAUAACAGAUUACACACAGGUGACCAACCGCGUAUAUGCGAAAUUUGCGGCAAGCAUUUUAUAACAAAGGCGGACUUAGUAAGACACGAGCGCAUACAUACUGGAACCAAGCCGUACAGCUGCGACUUAUGCCAGCGGCAGUUCUCCCAAAAAGCGCACUUAAACUCUCACAUGUUAAUUCACAGUGGGGAGAAACCCUACUCGUGCGAAACAUGCUCAAAGAAGUUCAGCUGCAAACCCUCUUUGGUUAUACACUCACGAGUCCACUCGAACGAGAGACCGUAUCCUUGCAGGGUAUGCGGGAGACAAUUCAAACAGGGUGGCGUCAGAAGGAGGCACGAAGCGACUCACACGCGAGACAAAACCAUAGCAUGCGAAGUGUGUAACGAACAUUUCGCCCUCAAAAGGGAGUUGAAGAAACACCAAAGAGGGCACUUGGUAUACACUUGUGAUAUAUGCAAUAAGGUCUUUAGAAAUAAAUACAAUUUUAAUAGACAUGUGCAGACGCAUACUGAAGAAACUGAGGAAAACGAACAAAACUUAGAAGCCCCAGAGUAAUUAAAAAAUAUUUUUCCUUAAGAGUCACACGAACGCGCCGCCAAAAACCCGCUUCCAUACAAUCGAAGUUACGAUUUUAAAACUAUGCAUGUGUGUAUAAAAAUGUGCGUGCCAAGUCACAGAAUAAACAAUAGUACUACCGUACAGAAAGGACACUUCCUACAAAACCAUAGUUUGACAGCGGUUCAGGGACGAAUCAUGAUAUCUCUUUCUAACUUACGGCACUAUCCCUUUCGACUAUUUAAGGUUGUAAAAAAUCGAGUGAUUAUUUUAUCUGCCGUCGUGAACGCAAAAGGCCGUCAAGUUGUGUCAACCCUAAUAAUGGCUUGGAGCAAUGCUGAGCCGAACGGAGCCGAGUUUGCCCGAAUUCAGGAGUGUCUCCCCACUGGCGUAACUUCAAUUGUAUGGGAGCGCCUUAUUAUAACUUUAAGUCGAAAAAGUAAAAGAUUCAAAAAUGUAAUAUAUAUAUACGCUGUUUAAAUGUAAAUUCAGACGCUUGCUUUGACUUUUUAGUGUUGACCGGAUAUCUUGUCUAUACUAUAAUUACUAGUAUCAUGUAAGUUGUGUAAUUCAGUUAUGAUCAGAGCUCGGCGGGGGUAAGCUGUUUUCAGAGUUUGCGCAACAUGGACAUGCCUUGUCAUUCGAUGGUAUAUGUGGUGUAAAUUAAUAACUAAAGUAAUUAUUUUAUUUAGGCUGCCUUUCCGCUACGAUCUUUACGUCGCCAUUAAAACAAAUGAAUUUUAUAGCAAGCCUUUUUAGUAAACAUCUUCAAAUAAUAUGUAUAUCCAUCCAUAUGCUACUAUUAAAGUUUAUUUGUACAUAAGGCAUUGUCAUUUUAGCUUAAUUAUAAUUAAUAAAGCUUUAUUUUAAUAUUUCUUUCUAAGGUGUAUCUAUAUUAAUAUCUACACUUGACAUAAGUGACGUCAAAAUGGCUCACC